AUGACUGCAGAAAAUCCAACCACGGACGUUGAGAAGGACAUCACACAGAAUGAAGAUGGCUCCCAGCAGGACAAGGUAGACGAACCACAAGCCCGGGACUGGCGCUUCUGGAUCGUCUUCCCUACGCUCUGUCUCAGCGGCCUGGCCGUCACCAUGGAAGGGUCUAUCGUGGUGACAGCCCUACCCAGCAUCUCGCGCUCGCUGCACACCACCGAGUAUGUCUGGGUGAUCAAUGCCUACACCUUCGCCUCGACCGUCUUCCAGCCCCUCACGGCUUGGCUGGCCCAGGUGUUCGGCCGCAAGCCCCUGUUGUUGAUGAACAUCGUGUUGUUCGGCGUCGGCAGCGGUAUAUCAGGAGCAGCGCCCACGCUGGCUGUCAUUCUGGUCGGCCGGCUGAUCCAGGGGAUUGGUGGUGGCGGAAUCCCGCUGGUGGCCGAGUUGAUUGUCAGCGACAUGGUCCCCUUACCUGAGCGCCCGAAGAUGCUAGGUAUGGUGAUGGCUACCUCGUGUCUGGGUCUGCUUAUAGGCCCUGUCUUGGGUGGCGUCAUCGUCGACCACGCGUCGUGGCGUUGGAUCUUCUGGAUCAACUGUCCGCUCGCUGCGGCUUCUUUGUUGUGUCUGUUUCCGGUCUUGGGUCAUCGCACGCAGGAGCAGCGCGAGGCUGUCGCUCAGCUGGGCGCUACCGCUCGUCGCUUUGACUGGGUCGGUAACCUGCUUCUUCCACCGAGUACUCUUGCAAUUUUGCUGCCGUUGACCAUGGGCGGCAAAAUGUACGCGUGGUCGUCUGUCCGGAUAAUCUUGCCUUUGGUGCUGGGUGUAUGCGGUCUGAUCGCCAUGGGUGUCUAUGAACGAUUUUGUGUACAUCCUCUCAUCCCCAUGCGACUCCUGCGGAACAUAUCAGCACUUUCUCUUCAAUUGCAGAGCUUUAUUCAGAGUAUGAUUAUCAUGUGGGUGAACUACUACCUGACAAUCUACUUCCAAGCCGUGAUGGAGAUGUCCCCGCAGCGUGCCGGGUUUGAGCUGAUGCCCACCAUUGUCGGCAUGGUCGUCUUUUCUAUCUUAGGUGGGAUGGCCGGGUCCAUGCUCCCUGGACAGUGGUCAAUUCUAGUGAAUUUGCUGGCUUUUAUCUUGAUGGCUCUGGGAUUGGGACUGUUUCAACUGUUGGACGCCAGUGCCGCCACGGCAGUCCGUGCGGUGUUGCAGAUCAUUGUAGCUGCCGGGAACGGAUUGCUUAUGGCGACCUUACUGCCCGCCCUACAGGCGCAAUUUACGGCCGAUGACGUCUGGUCCGUGACAGCUCUUUUCAAUUAUCUCCGCAGCUUUGCGCUGGUCUGGGGCGUGACCGUUCCUUCCAUCAUUUUCGACCAGACGGUUGACAGUCACGUUGCGCAGCUGGGGUCGUCCGUUGGCGUUCAACUCGCGCAUGGCGGUGCCUAUGCUCGCGCCAGCAAAACUUUCACCCAGUCAUUCGACAGCCAUAUCCGUGAGAAGGUGGUGGGUUUGUAUGUGCAGGCGUUGCGGGCGACUUGGUGGGGAGCUAUGAGUUUCGUCCUUCUCGGUCUUGCCCUCGUGCUGUUGCAGUAUUUGGGAGGACGGAGGGGAUGA